GAUGAAUAAAAUAAAGCAGACAUAAUUCGUCUCUUGAAAGAUUGCUUAUACCCUGGCAUUUGAAAUGCUUUUUAUUUAGAAUAGUAGUAAAAAUGGAAAAAGAGAAAGUAAAUGAUGCUGGAAAACCAGACCCAGAGAAUUCCUUGGACUUUUCUGAACACUUUAACCAACUUGAAUUGUUGGAAACACAUGGACACCUUAUUCCCACUGGUACUCAAAGUCUCUGGGCAGGCAAUUCUGAUGAAGAUGAGGAGCAAGAUGAAAAAAAUGAAGAGUGGUAUCAAUUGCAAGAAAAAAAAAUGGAAAAGGACCCAAGCAAAUUGCUUCUUUGGGCUGCUGAAAAAAAUCGGCUUAAUACAGUGCGGAGACUACUUUCUGAAAAGGCCACUCACGUGAACACUAGGGAUGAAGAUGAGUAUACCCCCCUUCAUCGAGCAGCAUACAGUGGACACUUAGAUAUUGUCCGUGAGCUAAUUGCGCAAGGGGCAGAUGUUCAUGCUGUGACUGUGGAUGGAUGGACGCCCCUGCACAGUGCUUGUAAGUGGAAUAAUACCAGAGUGGCUUCUUUCUUACUUCAGCAUGAUGCAGAUAUCAAUGCCCAAACAAAAGGCCUCUUGACCCCCUUACAUCUUGCUGCUGGGAACAGAGACAGCAAAGAUACCCUGGAACUCCUCCUGAUGAACCGUUACAUCAAACCAGGGCUGAAAAACAACUUGGAAGAAACUGCAUUUGAUAUCGCCAGGAGGACAAGUAUCUAUCACUACCUCUUUGAAAUUGUGGAAGGCUGUACAAAUUCUUCACCUCAGUCUUAACAGUUUCUUAAGUUUCUAAGUACUAGUGCCUCCUUUGUGUGAGAUGUAAAAUAUUUCCACAAUACAAAGUUGACAUGAAAUGUCUUACUGCACAAAUUCAGUGGUACUCAUAAUGUUCUUCCAAGUGAGUCGCCUGACCUUGAUGUCGAAAUGCAUUUGAAAGUUGUUUGGAUAUAUCUUUAAUGAUUUUUGUGGAGUGUGUGAUUUUUAACAGAAAUAAUUUUAACUUGCCUAUACUUAAAAACUUUACACGGGUAGUACAGAAACUAAUGAUAUUUUUGGUGCUGAUCCAAGAGAAAUGUAUUUUUAAAUAUCCCAUGUCCUGGAUCUUUGUUGAGUAUUUAGUAUAUUGAUGUGUAUUUUUAUAAGGUGAGGUAACUCAGAAUUUAAGUUAAAAGUCUUAGAUAUACUGGUGCAGUUCAACUGUCUUCUCUACAUUACCAUAGCCCAUUGUUUUCAUUUUAAACUAAAAAAGUUAACACGUUAGUGACUUGAAUCUUCAUAAGUUUAAAAAAAAUUUUAAAACCUAGAUCUUUGUCUUUUAGAACAUAGAUCGUUUUCAGGAAAGCGGUUAGCUAGGUGUUUAAUCCAUGAGUGUUAUGUACUGCCACCCUACACAAUUCACACAGUCCUGUGGACAGUCCUACCUCACCCUGGUCAAACCACAUGAUCCUUAUUCUUAUGGUAUGUCAGUGUGACCUUUUAGACACACACACACUAUACCUUGGUCCAGGAGGUCAUAAUAUAUCUGUUGUCCAACUGGUUUUGCCCUCUUAAUCUUACUAGUUUGGGCACUGCUCAUAUAGCCUCUUGAGUUCACAGGAAAUGUUGAUUUUCCAAGGUCCUCAUUUUAUACAAGCCAUGUAAAGGCAAAAUGACAAAGGAAAAGGAAUUCUAAGAGUAAGGGGAUGAUUAUUAUAUUGGGACUAGAACCACAAAGUAGCUCAGGCUUUUUCUAAAAAACCACAGGGUGGAUAGUAACAAAAAGCAUAAAUACAGAAAUUCAAGAAAAAUA